CAGAAAAACGCACAAAACUCCGUUAUCGAGCACAGCCAACCAACAGUUAUUUGACAACUAUUCUUAGAGGAAACGAACACGCUUAACAGAAAUUUUAUAAGAGAAAAAUAAGGGCAUUUUAAGUGUGCACAAAAUUUUGUUACCCUCUGUUUUGUGUACAUAGGAUUAUGUACGAGGUCAUCUAACAUGCGUCUGCUACAUGUACAUGUACAUGCAUAGUACGAAAAAAGCCUGCCGAUGAUGGUACCUCCGCCGAUAUCCUGUCUGUAUGCCUGCCUGCUGUUUAAUCCAGAUCUUGCGACGCUGCCACAGUUCUUGAUAAUACAGAGCUGCCUGCAAAAGUUUAUUGGUCCAUCGCCAACGGUCCUACUAGAGUCGUUCUCUAAUUGGCAAAAACUCGUCACUUAUGAUCACGUGUUCGUGACGAAACCAAAGUCAGCUGAGGAGAUACAGAGAACUGUCUGGGCUGCUGUAACUUGCGGGAUACAAGUGAGCGCCGCGGGCAGCGCACAUACCGCUGAUCCACUUUGGGUUGGUCGAGGACAUGUCCAUAUAAGAACAUCCGAGUUGACCUUAGAAGGAGGAAAGCGAAUGAUUGUUCAGCCCGAGAUUGCAGGCAAAACUGCCGCUUCCGUGAAAGUUGCAGCAGGCGUCACCCAGGCAGAGUUGAACCACGAGCUCGCGAAGCAUGGCUAUGUCUUUCAUCCGGGGCCGUUUAUUGGAGAAGUGACAAUAGGAGGAGUUAUUGCAACUUCAUCGCAUGGCGGAUUUUACAAUGAACCGUCGGUAGGUGGCUACAUGACGAGAACGAGGCUGGUAGACGGACGAGGGAAUGUAAGAGAAUUCAGGGAAAGCUCAGAUGCAAAUGUACUGAACGCCUUAAAAUGCAACUUAGGACUGCUUGGAAUCUUGUUCGAAAUUGAAUUGAAAAUUGCCCAUCAGGUGGAAGUCAAUUUCCAAAACGUCUUCACUCCACUGCGGAACUUGUUUAGCCCAACUUUUAUCCGAGAUUUCGUCGCAGAGAAUUACUUUGUGAAUGUGUUUUAUGCGCCAUACAAUUCACUUACGGAGGAGGAAGCCAAAGCAGUGAUACGUACUGGAAGAGUGCCAAAGAGUUGGGACAGCGGAAACGAUUUAGUGCUGAUAAGGCUUAUGAACCCAAUAUCUGUAAAGCGAAGUUUUAAAGACGAAAGGCCCGUGUCCGUCCCAAACGUCACCGUUGUCUCGCCCAGUCAGGAUGCCUUCAUUGUCGAGCUUUCAUUCCCAACUUCCGUUCUACAGAACAUCAGCCAAACAUUGUACAUUUCUCUUGCUGGAGUCCCUGAAGUUGACAGUAUGGAGUACGUGAUCCCAGAUCCAGAUUUCACCAGUGGGGCAAAAAUUUUAAAGGUCAUGUCGUCUGUGCUGAACAGAGCGUCCCACCUGAAGGGUAUACAGCCAGUGCAGGAGGGACUGUUCAGAUGGUUUGGAGGCGUAGACUGUUUCCUCUGUCCAGGGUCGAAGUUUCGGGAUCGUGGGGAACAUGGGAAGGCUGGAGAGAUCGAUCAUUACGGAGCCUUUCACAUUCAUAAUCCACCGACAGCGAAUUUGAUGCAGGUUCAUGCAUUUGAAACAGCGCUUGUGACGGAAUGGGAUAAGCUUGGUCAGCACGGGCGACCUCACUGGGGAAAAGGCCUUCACGUGUUCCCAGCCUUAAAGGAACGCCUGAGGUCCAGUUACGGCGACAAUUUGGAUAAGUUUAAAACCGUCCGAAGAGAACUUGACCCAUACGGGGUUUUCACCAACGUUUUCUUGGGAGAAUUAUUUGAUAUUAACGUACCUUGAUUUAAAUGGCUGACUGACAUUUCAAUGAGUAAAAUAUGCGAAGUCAUCAACCCCUGAAAACCACACAGACGUACCUAUAUACAUGUACAUGUAUGAUAGGCUAUCAAGAACACUUGAACAAAACACCCAUUUGUGGCGUCAUCAUAAAUCAGCAAACCAUGUAACAAAGAAUUCUAUCUACCUUAGUAGGUGGAACAGACAAUAAAAGAGAAUAAAUGAAAACAAAAAAUGACUCUUUCCGACACUUUCAAAAGAGCGGGGUGCAAUUAUUGGAGAAAUCCCAGCUGUGGUGAGGAGGGAAUAAUUGAAAAAAUAUACCAUACACGACGGCAACAUUUUCAGUUCGAUUUCAAAACUGCAUUACUGCAUACUUAAAGAUACAUACAUACACUGUACAUUGCUAUGGAAUAUAUAAUUUUUUGGAGUAUAUAGGUACCCUGUAUAC